AUGGUGAGGUAUCCGACAAUGAGACGCGUCACUCAAAUCUCGGUCUCUUUUCUGUUUGUUCUAACUGUUUUAACCAUCUUUUUUACUUUUGAUUUUCUAAUCACUACGGCUGUAGCGAAUAAAAGUAUUACUGAUAAACACCGUCGUGAGCAUUUGCAACAUUUGACGACGUCGAAUGAGAUCUUAUUAACAAAAUUGAAGAACAUCAACGACAGUAAUCAAGAACGUCGAAUGCGUCAUUCGAAAUUGAAAUCACAACGCGUCAAACUUGCUCGGUUCCAUAAGAGUAAAACGGGUGUGAAGCAUAAUCAAGUGCGAAAACAAAGCAAAGAUCAACGAAAACAUCCUCUACCAACGAAAACGAAUAAACAUUCACUUCAUUAA